UUAGACUAAUGAAAGUGGUACAAGUGUUCUUUACUACAAUGUGUUAAUUCGGCUGAAACAAAAUGGGAAGAAAAACCCGAAAGCAAUGCAGUAUGUUGCCAGAGACAACUUCAACUGACAAAAGAACCGAUGAUGUUAAAAGGAAUUUAAAAGCAGAUCCGAAUCCUUCCUGGCUGCCGCCUGGAAGUCAUUUUGUACGAACAAAAACUAAACGAAACUGUAAAGAAGAAUGUAUGAUAUUAAGAGAAGAAAAUAGAAUGUUAACUGAAAAAGUGCGGAAGUAUGAACAAGAACACAAUCGACUUCAGGAGAUUUCUAAGGACCAUGUAUCUCGAUUAGUUCAGUUUGAUAGCAGUGAGAACGUACAGAUAGGUAACCACAACUUGCAAGUAGUCAAUAAUAACUUCGAUGCCACCUUUCUGAAUAAUCUCCUUGACCAAUACGAUCGUAAAAUCGAAAAGGAUGCAAGGCAACGACAGUCAAUGAAAGGAACAAUCCAAGAGUUGUCUACAAAAAUUGAGGAACUGACGCAGACUCACAAAAGAAGUGAAAAAGCACUUGAUUGUUCGAAAAUAAUAGAACACGCGAUUGAGCUUCAUAAGUUAACAGAUCAAGAAAUGUCAUGUCCAUUUAAUUCAUUUGCAACGGAAUUUAAGGAAACAACUGAACUGUUUAAGAAUAUCGCCCCAGAAAUAAUGCGCCUACAAGAAACCAUGAAGAGCUUAAGGGACUACAUCGAUGAACCAAAUUCAGAGUUUCUAUUUGCUCCUUGUUUGCAACAUAGGUCGCGUUCAACCGUGUCCUUCGACGAAGCACGACUAGCUGGGAAAGAUGAAGAAUGCAAAUGUCAAAGAAAAAUUAACUCAGAUCUAUGUCUAAACACGCACUUUUAA